CAAAAAAGAUACCCUAUAAAUUCAUAAUAAUACAUAGUCAUGAAAGGGUGUGACAAAAGUUGGAAAGUGGAAACACUCAUGGAACUUCCAAAUGAUAGCUCUUGUGAAUCUUCUUUUUGCAAAGAUGAAAAAGUGGAAGCAAUGAAUCUUCUUGAGGAGUGUUGGUUUUUUGAUAACUUGUUAAAUAUAAGUCCUAAGAUGUUAAGGUGUCACUCUGAUCCUUACCCUUCAACUAGGCUAAUCAAUUCAGAUUUUUUGGUAUCAACAAGUAAAUUACCAUCUAAUGAUUUUGUUAAUCCUAAGAAGAUUCAAAGAGCACCAUCUAUGCCACCAAUUAGAGUGAGAGAAGAAGAAAGUGGUAAACCUCAUUGUGCAAAGAUGAAAGGAAAUAAUCAUCAUAGAAGUGAAUGUAGUAAUAGAAGGAAAAGUAAAUUGCUAAGGACACCCUCUUUGCCUCCCUCAAUAGGGAGAGAGGAAAAAUUCCAAGAAAUUGAUCCUAGAAUUGGAAGAUCAAGGAAACAACCAUCAACACCUACCAAUAUUGACAACCUUCCACCAAGGAGAACCUCUAAGAGUUGUAGCAUUCCAAAAUGUAGAGCAACAAAAAACAUUGAAGUUGAAAGGUUAAAGAAAGAUGGAAUUAUGGAAAUGAAGAGAAAGGUUCUAAAUAAGAAAACAAUAAGGAGAAGCUUAAGUGAUCUUGAGUUGGAAGAAGUUCAAGGAUUCAAAGAUUUAGGAUUCUCAUUUGAGAAAGAAGGUUUAAGUCCAAGUUUAGCUAACAUAAUUCCUGGUUUGCAAGAGAAAAAUAGAGAUGAAAGUGAGGAAGAUAAAGCAGCAAGAGGACCUUAUUUAUCAGAGGCAUGGUUGGUGCAAAGUUGUUGUGCUCCUCCUGUUCCAAAUUGUGGAAAUACUAAUAUGUCAAAAGCUGAUAUCAAAAAGAAUAUUAAGUUUUGGGCUAGAGCUGUCGCAUCAAAUGUACACCAAGAAUGCUGAACAAAAACUUCAUAGAUCAAUUCUUUGUAACAAUUGGCUAAGAUUGGCCAAAAUAAUCACCACCAUAAUCUUCUUUUUUAUUCAAUAAUGAUAGUGAUAGUAAUUUUUGGUA